UGCCGGAAGGACUGCGUAACUGUUUAUGGCGAUUUGUUUUGAGUGAUUGAUUUCACGAGUUAAUUAGAAUUCAUGCAGUUAAUAUUUUUUUAUUUUCAUAUCGCUUGAUUGUUUUUGUAAAUUAAUAAAUUAUCUGAGUUUGGGAUGUCUCGACAUGAAGGUGUAAGUUGUGACUCUUGCAUGAAUGGUAACUUCAGAGGGAAAAGGUACAAAUGUUUAAUAUGCUAUGACUAUGAUUUGUGUGCCACUUGCUAUGAAGCUGGGAGUGUAACAGCUCGUCACACAACAGACCAUCCCAUGCAAUGCAUUCUUACCCGUUCGGAUUUUGAUGUUUAUUAUGGAGGUGAAGCUGUGUCUGUUGACCAGCCUCAAGCAUUUGCCUGCCCAUUUUGUGGAAAACUGGGGUUCACUGAAGGUACAUUACAAGAACAUGUUACCUCAGAGCAUUCUGACAGUUCACUUGAAGUGGUGUGCCCAGUUUGUGCAGCAUCACCUAAUGGGGAACCUAAUUAUGUGACUGAAGACUUUGCUGCACAUCUUACUUUAGAGCACCGUAGCCCUCGGGAUUUGGAUGAAGGAACAAGUUCACGCCAUAUUAGGAGAAUCCCUCAUCCUGGAAGAGGAAUGAGCAGUGCUCGUGCUCGACGAAACCAGAUGCAGUUUAAUUCCUCAAAUGGGUUGUCAUCACUUUCUCCUAACAGUAGGGAAUCUAUAAAUCCUCUUGCAGAACUUCUCUCUCAACUUUCUGGUGUGCGACGUUCGUCCAACCUAAGCCAAUCUAACACCACUACUCAGCUACAGCAGCUUCAGAUGCAACUUCAACUAGAGAGACAGCAGGCUGCUCGACAACAGGUGGAGCGUUUACCUCGUAGACAAAACCAGACAGGAACUGCUGUUCAGUUCAACCAAGCCCUUUAUUCUGAGCCAACAACUAGUCCUGCUUCAUCGGCUUCAAGCUCUCGGCUUUUACUUUCAAGGUAUACGGAGCCUGGUAUAACUGAAACAGAACAGCAAGCACUCGAUGUGGAUCAUGCAGACCGUAGUAUUUUUGUUCAAGAGUUACUACUAGCAACACUAGGAGAGCAACUUUCUAACGAUGAUGACUUGGACACUAUUAUAGGGAAGUUAGAUCUAAGUGUUGCUGAGUAUGCUCAAGAAGGAAGUAAUUCUGUUGCUGUACCAUCUACUAGUGAUGAUUCAGAAGUAAGUAGCACAAUCUCACUUGAAGGCUCUAAUCAAUCUAGUUCUUCCUCUGUACAUCUCCAUCAACAAAAACACACAGUGCCAUCUACACAGCCAUCUCAGACAACCCAACAAGUUAACUCCAGAGUACUGAGAAAAUCACCUGGCACCUCCUCAGCCAGACAGACAUCCCGUAUCAAUAUGAACAAUAGCUCCAGCAGUGGUCAACCUCACCGAGAAAAUACAAUGCAACAACCACCUUCAGGUCCCAGAGCAGGAGCUAUUGCCCUUUCACAUCGAGGACAAUCAAGGGAAGGGCCAGCUUCAAGUCGAACUGUAAACAGAAAUCCAAGUCGUGAGGGAGGCACUUCCCCUUCUUCUACCCGUAGAAAGGUGUUGAAACAUGUAGAUGAUAGAAACAAAUCCAACGAGCCUCCUCCUCCUCACUGAUUAACUAUAUUUUAGGAAAGAUGUGGCUACAUCUUUAACCAUAAGGGAAAUACUUUUAUCCCUUUAGAGUCCUUAACCUCCAGUUAUUUUAUUUGAAGCUCAGAUUUGGCCCAGAACAUUAUAAUACCUGUGAUUUGUUUCUUUUAGCUUGAUUCUUUGUGUUUGUGUAUGAAUGGAUGUAUCCUUUAUCAAAGUUACGUUAUUUGGGGACAUCUAAUUAUGAAAAGUAUAAACCAGACAUGAACAUUUUUAGCUAGAUUAUAUAGCUAUGUCUAUCGUUGGAAGGUUUUGAAUGUUUCUCUACAGUGUGGUUAGUUUCCUUGUUGUUUUAUUGAGCUAGCUUGUGUUUAGUUUUGUGUUUAUAACUGAUGACUUUCAGCACAAUUAUUAAACGAAGAAUGUGGAAAAAUAUAAAAAAAAUCUUUUGCUGAUUAUUUUAAGUAAAUGUUAGGGAAAAGGCUCUGCUCUAUUUUGUUAUGAGUAAUAUGGAAAAGUUUUCCAUCUUCCUGUAGAAAUCAAAUGUUGUAAUCAAAUAUUUUCCCCAAAUAUUUGCUUUAUAAUAUAGUUGUUGACAUAAAAAACACACUUUUGAUCAGCACUAAUCUGUGUUAACACAUCACUUGUACAAAAAAAAGAGUAUAAUGUAUGUCAGUUUGAAACUGGGUCAUUUUUUUUGUAAGCUUGUGAAGAAAGGGCACUAGUCAUGAUGAAAAAAAAGGUUUGCUAGUAUUAACGUAUUGUUUCAAAGGAGGUGUCUAAAUAGUGAACUUGUGUCAAGAAGUAAAAACUUAUCUGUUGACAGAACUUGUUUAAUGGUUGGAUGAUGUACAAUGUAUGUUUGAGUGAUUAAUCUUUGCCAUUUCAGGAAACGCUCUUUCCUAUGUAAAGUUAAGGACAGGUGCCAGAUGAAACUAGGCUUAAAAGACUGUGCAUGUGUAUGUGGCUAUACAUAUAUAUAUAUUAAUUUGUAUGUUGAGUAAUGGUUAACAAGUAUCUUGUUAGCUUUAUGGCUCAACAAGUGUGUAAAAAGUGUGCCUGCUUUUUUGCAUGUGUUAUUCAUGUAAGAGUGUGUGUGCAUGCAUUCAUGCAAUCAAGUUGCCUUGAAUUAGGCUUAAGUAGUAGUGAUUAUGUAGGGGUUUAAUUUAAAUUGUUGUAUUAGUCUUCACACUGCUAGAAAGUACUCAGACUCUUCAAAACAAUUUGUAUGGUGAAAGAAACAUUUUAGUGACUAAUUGUAAGGUUGCCAUUCCUGACAUCCAAAUAAAUAAAAGUAGUUCAAAAAAAUCUUAAUAGAACAAAGAUAUUGAGAAGUUUUUCUUCAAAUCUCUGAACUUCAACCAAGAUGGAACUUGUAUUCCUUGUUUCCUAGUACAGGGAUUUGUUUAAUUCCAUGCAAAAGCAGAGAUCAUACGAUGAGACAAAAUAAGGCAGUUAAGACUACAUUUAUUAGGUGAAUUUUUCGCAUGUCAGUGAUGAUGAGUAGAAAUACCAGUAUUUGAAACUCCAAUUUGUUAAUCAAACUACACCAAAACAGUUGAGAAGCAGUCUAUCAGAUACUUUUACAUAUUUUUUUAUUGUUUUAUUUAUAAAAAUUAAACUGAUGAAAUUAAUUCCAACAUAUUUUGAAAAAUAAGACUCAGUUGAAAGAUUUGAAUAAAUCCUAUAAAAAAGUAAUUAGGAUGAAAUUGCAAAAUACAUUGAGUUAAAACCUUUUCAAAUGUAUGUUAAAUUUCAUGCUAAAUGUUGUUGUUUUUUGUGUAAGUUAGAUAUUUGUUGAGUUAAAUACAAGGAUUAUCAAUAAUUUUGAGCUUCCUUUACACACCAGUAGCUAUUAUGAAUUAUCAGUUGUUUCUAAUAAUGUCUUCUAGUUAGCAAAAUUUCAAAUUAAUAUUUAUGUGUGUGCCAAAUUGAUCUUGAAAGCAUAAAUUAAUCACUUGUAGAUUUAUCACUUCGCUCAAGAAGUUCUGAUUUUGAAAAGCAUUAAACAUUCAACAAUGGACAUUUACAUUUGUUAUUCAUAUUGUUAUUUAAUGCUUUUUUUCAGUUUUUCUUUCAAAAGUUUAUUCAUUGUGAUAUAAGAACACUGACCAAAAAAAGUGAAAAAAUUAUUAAUUUUGAUAAUGAAGAAAUGUUAUGUAGCCAAUAAAAUGGGAAAAUCAUCAACAACUAAUCAGAAAUUUAUUAUUUUACAUCAUAGAUUUAAUUGUAUAUUAAUUACUAAAUAGCAUGAAUAAAGCUUUAAACCAGAAAUAUAUUACAUGAUACUGAAACUUGCAGUUAUAUUUAAAGGAACUUUUUCUUUAAUUUUUGUUUAUUACAAUCCUCAGUUUAAACCCAACAUAUUAAAACAAUAUAAAAACUUAAACUGAAAUAUGAUUAAUUAUUUAUGUGCCAGAAACUUUUAAGUUUUAAUUUAUUUUCGACAACUGUCCUUAAAAAGCAGUUGUUGAAAUGUUUAAAGAACUGUUUUUCUUUCAAUGAUUCAAUGUUUUUUCUACAAAAUAAGAGUAUUGAAAAACAUAGUUUAAGCUGAGCCAUUUUGGAGUAUCUAUAAAGUUCAUACAUACUUGAUUAAAGUAUAGCCUUAUUGUUGACUAUAAUGUGGUUAUAAGAGUAUCUUAAGUUAACAAAAUGGAAAAGUCACUGGCAAAAUUCAGUUUUAGUAUACAUUAAUUUGAUUCAAAAUAUUCAUCCAAAUUUAUUUAAAAAUUAGAAGAUAAAAAUAACUACUCUUACAUUUAUGUAAGAUAUAAAAAACAUUUUAAACAAGAAUUUGGUUAAUAAUUAAUUACAUUAAUCUGACUUGAAUAAUCUUAGACUGAAUAUAUGAGGUCAUAAAAAAGAACAGCAGAAAAAAAAACCUAAUAAUUAGGUUUCAGCUCUUAUCUAACCACAAAAAAAGAGGCUCUUGUGUCUACUCUCCAACACAUAGCUGUCUGAUAAUGAAUGACUUUUUAUUUCAAUAUUGGUAAAUAUUUCUGAUUUUUGUGGUUCUUUAUUCAUGUACAGUCAUUUUAAACUUCUGAAAUUUUACAAAUAAUUGUAAAAAAUGAGUUAUUUUAAUGUCAGUAUUUACUAUUGUUAUAUUUUUAACAAAAUUUGGUCUCUCAUGUUGAAAAGUUGAGGAAUAUUAAACUGGCAGAAUUUCUCAUUUAUUCCUGAAAACUUGGUUUCCAAGAGAGUAUGUUUUCUAAGAAGCAGAAAAUUAAGUGUAGAAACAGUUAAUUUUAUUUCAGAAAUUUAAAAAAAUAAAAAAUCUUUCAUAAAAGCAAAACUAGUGAUUUUGAAUUAUGUUUUUAUCUUUUAUUGAUAUAUAUAUACCAGGACUACCAACUUUUUAGGAAACCGUUUGAGUGGGACUUUUGAAAAGUAAAAUUUUUACAGUGCCCUUUUUUUUGGUGGGUCUUGGGGCAUGCUCUACAAAAAAUGUUUUUAUUCAGUAUAAUUUGACCAAAAUUUACAGGGCAUUUAUGGUGUUUGAGUUUAAGCUUAGCCCAAAGUAAUAUAUAAAGUGUGCUAUUCUCUCAAACUGGUGUAGUGCCAUUUCCGUAAAGAAAUAAAUGCAUUUAAUAUUUUUCUUUCACCAAAAUUUAAUGAGAACACAACUCAAAACUAUUAUACAUUGUGAUGUAUCCAAGUCUAGCUGAAAUGGUGCAUUUAAGAUAGUAUUGUUGUUAAACAGUGGUGUUAUUAUUAUGUGGUUAUCAGUUUGUUUGUAUUUUUAAUAACUAAUGUUUAAGAGAGUACUUUAAUUUCAUCAUACAUGUAAUAUGAAAAAAUUUAUUAAAAAAUUUCCAAAGAAUAUGUAAGUAAUACAUUUUUUAAAUGAGUGGAAGUUUUCUGUGGCCAACUAAAAUGACCAUGAUUAACUGUAUUGCCUUGUCUUCAUUAUUUUGGACUGUUUUGUAUUUAUAUUUAACUAUAACUUUGUUUGUUUUGUAUUUGCAAAUUUCAUAAAUUUCAAUUGUAAAAUAUUGAAAACUAUUAGUGUCUGAGCAUAUAUAAAAAAUAUUUCUGUUUUGUUGCUACUAGUACAAAGAUAGAGCAGUAAGACUUGUAAUAUUUAUUGUCUAUGUUUUAAUGAAAUUAAUGUUAUUAAGGAAGUUCUUAAAUAGGAAAACAUCCAGAGACAGGAGAAAUUGUACACGAGGUUUGGAGUAAGUCGUAAGUAUAUACGUAGAUUAGUUGUUACGAACUAUAACAGGUUUUGUUCUUCAAAAUCUUUGGUGUUUUAGAAUUUUUUUAUUAUUAUUUGUACAAUGUUUGUUUCACAUAUAGCUAAAGCACAACUUUUUCAGUUUAUUUAAUAUUAGAGCGAACAGAUAUCAUGAUGAUUAUACUGUUAGAGAUAAUUAAUUAGAAAGUUUGUAAGGAAUUAUUAGUUAAUGAAAAAUGACAAGGAAGUGACGAGUUCUUAAGGUUGCAAUGUAUAUUUUUUAUUAAGAUUUAUCACCAUGAAAACAAUAGCCUUUAACCCAGUGGAGAUUAGAGGUAUUAUGGAAUCAACAAUGCAUGUUUUCUGUUUAAUAUGGUUUUGCUCUAUCAUGUAUGAAUAGUUUUCAGGUUUAAGAAAACCCGAGAUUGUUGUAGCUAAACAAAUUAGAAGUAUUUUAAAUAUUGCUGUAGUACUUAUUAAGCUAGUAUUUAUGUAUAGAUGGCAAAAUUAGGACCCGUACGUAUUUACAGACAAUCUAAGUCACGUGCUGUUACUUGUGUUAGUUACAUAAAUCCCUUAUCAGUUUUAUGAGUAACAUUACAGACUUGAAAAUUACUGUUAAUGGUUUGGUGCUUUCUAGCAGUGUGGAAUAUUUGGGCCUUCUAAUAUUGGUUUCAGAGGCUUAUGAUAAAAUAUUACUAAUAUGUAUGAAAAAAAAAGAGAGAUUAAUAAACAUUGUUACACUUCCA